AUGAUAGACAAUAUCGUGGGUUCAGCCAAUACAAAGCACUUUGUGGAACAACGUCGGCGAUCGAUUGUUCUCGAUUAUCUGUUGACAGCUUCAACGCAUGGAUUACGCAGUGUGGGCCGUGCUUAUUCCAAAUACAAUCGAAAUUUUUGGAUCUUUACAUUCACGGUUGCAUCCGGCAUCAUGUUGUAUUUUGUCAUAUCGGCUAUUUUACAGUAUUUUGCCUAUCCAACACAAACAAAAGUUGAAAUUCGACUCGAUCGGCACAUGGCAUUUCCUGCUGUCACUAUUUGUAGUGGAAAUGCUUAUCGCUAUGACACGAUAAACGCAUCAUUGAUUUCUUAUUUCUAUCGACUGAUGUCACCGAAUACAACAUUCAAUCAAACUAUUCUUAAUUCACUUCUUAUACCAUUGAUUACUGAUUUAUUCAGUCGAAAUCAAACUAAAGAAUUAGUAUCAAUUGGUUUUCAACUAAGUGAUUUCUUACUUGAAUGUACGUAUAAUGGAAUUAAUUGUUCUAAUGUAUUUACACCAUCGAUAUCACCAACUAUGGGCAAUUGUUUUACAUUUAAUUGGAAGUCAUCAGAAAAGGUCUUCACUGUCAGUGAUUAUGGUGAUACUAUUGUGGUGCAAGAGGGCUUAUUAAUGUCGUUCUACUUACCACAAGAACUCUUUUUUCCUAGUAGAUGGUUCGAUAUAGGUCUCGUCGUUACUUUGCAUGAUAAUGAUGAACUUCCAGUACCUACUGAAACAGGUCUCUAUCUGCAGCCGGGUGCAUCUCAUUUGAUUACCUAUCAGAAGAGUGAAAGAACAUUCUUACCAGCUCCGUACACAAAUUGUACAUCGUAUGUUAGUGACGAUUUACGUGCUCUCUAUGCGUCAACAUUUAUCGAUCCCACGGCUUCGACUGAAGUCGCCUAUUCUGAAUCUUUAUGUUUGGAACUAUGUCAACAAUCUUAUAUCUUUUCGCAAUGUUCAUGUAUAUUUCCUAUACCAUUUUAUGCUCGCAAGGUGUUUACAAUUGAUGGUAUUCUUGUCUCGGCUGAUUUUUGUAACACAUUUACUGAUCAACCGGCAUGCGUAUUUCGUGCCAAACAACAAUUAUCGGCUGAUGAUAAUCUUCUAGCAAAGUGGUGUUCACGAUGUGCUUCUCAAUGUAAUCACAUCGAUUUUCAAACUAACCUCGGUGCGCAAGGAGCUCCAUCCCAAGGAGACAGAGAAUAUUGGAAUGAAAUGCUACUUAGUGGACAGUACAACACUAGUGUCUUAUUUCCCAGCGACUUUGCGCAACGUUUUGAUUAUUAUCUAGACAGAAAUUAUUUGAAACUGGCUGUAUCAUGCGGUAGUAAGUAUACUAUCGAAUAUAAUCAAGAAGCCAAAUUAUCAAUAAUCGAUACUUUUUCUGCAAUUGGUGGGCAAACAGGCUUGUAA